GCUAAACGGAAGUGAACUAUUUUUAUUUUCUUUCUUACUACGCCCUUCUAUAUUUUCUUAUUUUGCAUCAUAAUAUUCACAAUAAUUGUCACACUUAUGGAAGUUUAAUAUAAGGUCAUUUAAAUACUGCUCCAUUAUGAAACAAAAUAGUCUAUAAUCCGUCCACAAAACGAAGAAUGCUAUCCUAGGCGGAAUCAUUUGUAGAAGGAGUUGUUAGGCUCUACAAGUAGGAAAAACACAAACAUUCUGGAAUAUAACAAAAAUUUUACUGAACCUGGACAUUUCAGCUGAGUAUAGUCAUUCAGAGUACUAUAAAGUUAUUCCCCAAUAUAUAGAGAUCAUCUAGGAAAAAUGCCGGUUGUUUUGUUAGAGAGAUUGCCUUUGCCGAGCCUCCAAACUUAUUCCAGCUUUUCAGUUUUGCUUCUUGGAAUUUCCCUGUUGUAUUCACACAAGUUGAUCACUGAACCACUUCAGUUAGAUGCUAAUGGUACAGUUAUUGAAGAUGUCGGCAACAUCACAAAGAACAGGACAUUUGGUGAUGAGGGUUAUUACAGUGAUAUGAUGGAGAUUAUGACGCAAGAGCUGAUGUGUAUUUGGACUCUGAUAAACAUGGCAUAUUGCUGUUUGAUUCUAAUUGGUAAAGGCAUUCAAAGACUUGCAUUUGGAGAGUUGCGGGUCAGUGAACAACAGCACAUCAAAGAUAAGUUCUGGAACUUUGUCUUCUACAAGUUUAUUUUUAUAUUUGGAGUCUUAAAUGUGCAAGAUAUGACAGAGGUGGUCUACUGGAGUGCAUGGUUCUCUAUACUUGGCUUCUUACAUCUUCUAGCACAGCUUUGUAAAGACAGGUUUGAAUAUUUAUCAUUCUCACCAAGUACAGCACAAUGGACCCAUGUACGCCUUCUGUCGCUGUUGUUUGUCAUUCAGUUCACAUGUUCCUGCCUAAUGCUGGUCUGUGUGUUCCUGGGGAUGCACUUGGGGAUCAACACGUUUUGUUUCAUGGGGGCAGAGGUUGUGCUACUGAUGCUGAAGACAAUGUUUGUCAUAUCCCGCUACAUCAUUCAUUUGUAUGACAUUCACCUCAAUACAGUCUGGGAGAACAGAGCCAUCUAUGUUUACUAUAUAGAACUAAUAUUUGAACUUGGGGCACUGGCCAUAGACUUUGCCCAUCACUUGCACAUGCUCAUCUGGGGUAACAUUUUCCUGUCCAUGGCAAGCCUUGUGAUCUGUAUGCAACUUAGAUAUUUGUUCCAUGGCUUCCAGAGACGCAUCAAGAGACACAAGAACUACCUUAAAGUUGUCAAAACUAUGGAUUCUAAGUUUCCUGUAGCAAGCGCUGAUGAUAUCCAAACAAGUGGAGAUGAUUGCGCCAUAUGUUGGGAGAAAAUGGAAACUGCCCGUAAACUGCCAUGUUCGCAUUUGUUUCAUACUGCUUGUUUGAGAUCAUGGCUAGAACAAGAUGUGUCGUGUCCUACAUGCCGUACAAACCUAGAUGACCCCAGGGAACAAAGACCACUCCCUGCUGGGCCAGGGGGUGAUGUUGAUGAAGAAAAUGUACAGAAUGUUCCUGAGAAUCAGAUCCGCAACCAUUUCUUUCACUUUGAUGGGUCACGCUAUGUUAGCUGGCUGCCAAGUUUCUCUGUUGAGGUGACACACAACAUGCUUGGGCAACAGGGUGCAGGAGCACUUGAAGCCCCCCAGACAUCACAGUUAGAUGAAAUGGGCCGACAAGUGCAAGGGGUGUUCCCAGACAUGCCCCUCAAUCUGAUUCUAGAAGACUUGAGACACAGCCACUCUGUAGAACAAACUAUUGAAAACAUUCUGGAAGAGAGAGUUACUAUCCCCACUACUCUUUCACGAACUAUUGCAUCAACUUCUCAAGCCACGAUAACAACUGCACACCCCUUACAUGAUAAUAGGCUCUCACUUGCGCCAUCUAUUGCCCAAGCUGUGACAUCAUCGACAGAGAGAAAAACGGAUAAUAAUAAUUCAGAACUCACUGUAACAUCAGAAUCUGCCGAUAUAGCAAGUGGUGUUACUAUUAGUGACACAUCUAGUGAUGUCACAGAUGGUGGAGGAUGUGUCACAACUGGGGGAAGAUUUUCCAAGUCAUCCACCGAAAGAGAGACAAUACUACGCAAUAGAAGGAAUCAACUUGUUGCAAAUGCUAGAAGAAAGUAUCUUAAUAAACACACGGACAUUGAACAACCAGGAUCCAGCAUUGAAACACAGAAUUCUGAACAUUUGGAGCAAUUUCCAGCACAACGCAACACAUAAACUUGAAAAUUAAAACAAAUACACUGGAAAUGAGACCAGAGUCUUUCUAUAUUUUUCUAUAUUUGGAUUCUAAUUGGAUUGUAACC